AUGGUUCUUAAAGUUGAGGUUUGUAACGACGAUGAUAUGCACCGGGUAUUCGAGAUCUUUUGCAAGGCAUUCGGUACCAAACACCCCAUGCUUGAGGCAAUUUAUCCGAAUCACGAUACUCCAGCUGGUAGAAUCAGUGGAGGCAAACGCAUGCUGGAUAUCAAAAAUGAAGACCUUCACACAACUUUUCUGAAAGUGGUCGAUACCGAUACAGGCGCUAUGAUUGCCAAAGCCAAAUGGAAUAUUUGGAAAGGUGUCAUCCCACCGGAAGUUGAUCUAGAUGGUGACUUUUGGGAGACUGAUGAGGAGAAAGAGUGGGCUCAACAUUUGAACCGCGAAUUUUUGAUAUCCCGUCGAAAGGCCAUCAAAGAAGCAGGAGGUCACUUAGUCUCUUUGGAUAUCCUUGCUGUCGAUCCCGAUUAUCAGCGUCGAGGAGCAGGUCGUCUUUUGGUGAAAUGGGGAACUGCAAUCGCUGAUGAGCUUGGAUACGUGGCGAUAGUUGAAGCGUCUGAGGCCGGUCGUCCUUUGUAUGAAUCCGAGGGAUUCGAAUAUGUGGAACACUGUGAAGCGAACAUACCUGAAAGAUGGGGUGAUCGGAAAGGAGAAAAAUUUAUAUGGAUGGUGAGGCCAGCGAAGAAGUUGACCUGA